GCUAGAUAGCGUUGCAGCAAUUUGACAGUGAUGAGACUUUGCCUCAGUCUCAGGUUUGCGGUUCAGAAAUGAAAAACAUUUAAUUCCCUCAUUCAUACGGUGACUAAUUUGACGGUGGAGAAGAUUAUAUUAGUAAAUACGGUAAUGAUGAUUUCACCAGAAGCGCAGACUCAAGCAAAAACCAUCCUAAAUUUGUAAAGAUUCAAAGGAAGAGAUUUAUUGUUUGUACGGACUUUGCGAUUUAUUGCAAGUCCCUGCAGCAAUGCUGUUACUCGUUUGUUAAACGACGCAAAAUUUCAGUUCCAAUCAAUUCGGUCAACAACAGGUGGUUCAAUAAUAGCGAUUUUUCUCUUGCGUGAAUCAGAAGUACAGCUUUGCAGUGUGUUACCGGGCUCUGCCAAACCCCACGACUUCACAGCUCCGUGCAGCCAGGCGGAGUCGUUGGAACCGUGUGAACCACUAAAAACUCCUGCAUGGGGCGACAGCGCACCACCAAACGCGCGGGUGGAGGCUGUCGGGGGUGUGCGAACUAACCCACCUAAGCACGUUUGGUUGGAGGGACCCGCCGGCUGGAGCGGCUGUAACUUUUUACGCCCCGUCCGUUCGUGCUGUCCGUUCGUGCUGGGUCGGGUCCCUUCCGGUCCGGUCUCGGUCGGCGGUGCGCCUCACCUCGCCUUGUCUUGCCUGACAGAGUGCUGGUGUGCCAGGACGACGAGGAGCGAGAACUCGCUGGACAAAAGUAGACGAAGCCACCUGGGAGCAGCCUUCGAGCGGGUGUAGGAGAGGAGGGAGUCUGGCCUGCAUGGCUUACACUAUGGGCUCGGGGCGUGAUGCCGGCCCCGCCCUCGGCCCCGCCCUCGGCCCCCAGCACUGCGUCACCAAAGUGGAGCUCUCUGUGUGCUGCGCCAGCCUUCUGGACCGCGACGUGGCCUCCAAGUCCGACCCUUUCUGCGUGCUCUUCCAGGAGGUGGAUGGCAGCUGGGCGGAGCUGAGCCGGACGGAGACUGCGGUGAACAACCUGAACCCCGUGUUCGGGGUGAAGUUCCAGGUGGAUUACCACUUUGAAGAGGUGCAGAAGCUCAAAUUCGCGGUGUUCGACGAGGACAAAUGUAGCAGCCAGCUGUACGAGCAUGACUUCCUGGGAGAGUUCAUCUGCACACUGGGCGUGAUUGUAUCCAAUAAGAAGCUUCAUCGGCCUCUUGUCUUAGCCAAUGGCAAACCAGCAGGGAAGGGAGCCAUUACUAUAACUGCGCAGGAGCUAUCAGACAACAGAAUAAUUACCCUGUCCAUGUGUGGGAGGAAACUGGAUAAAAAGGAUUUCUUUGGGAAAUCGGACCCUUACUUGGAGUUCCACAAACAAGGCGAGGACGGGAAAUGGAUGCUGGUCCACCGGACGGAGGUGAUAAAGAACACUCUGGAUCCAGUCUGGAAACCGUUCACGGUGCCACUCAUCUCCCUCUGUAACGGCGAUGUGGACAGGAACAUCAAGGUGCUGUGCUAUGACUACGACAACGACGGAGGCCACGAUUUCAUUGGAGAGUUUUAUACCACAGUCACGAAGAUGAACGAAGCACAGAACUCCGUAGAGGUGGAUUUUGACUGCAUUAAUCCCAAGAAGCAGAAGAAGAAGAAGAACUACAAGAACUCUGGCGUCAUCAUUCUGAAGUCGUGUAAGAUUACGAGGGAUUAUUCAUUCCUGGACUACAUCCUGGGAGGCUGUCAGCUCAUGUUUACGGUUGGCAUCGACUUCACAGCCUCCAACGGCAACCCGAGAGAGCCAUCCUCUCUGCACUACAUCAACCCUCUGGGCAGUAACGAGUAUCUGAGCGCCAUCUGGGCUGUGGGGCAGAUUAUCCAAGACUACGACUCAGACAAAAUGUUUCCCGCCCUUGGAUUUGGGGCUCAGCUCCCACCUGAUUGGAAGGUGUCACAUGAGUUUGCUGUCAACUUUGACCCUACCAAUCCAUUCUGCGCAGGUGUGGAGGGCAUUGUCCAGGCCUACUCUACCUGCCUGCCCCACAUCCGCUUCUACGGCCCCACCAACUUCGCUCCCAUCAUCAGUCACGUGGCUCGGUUUGCCUCCCAGGCCGUGCAGCAGGACAGGGCAUCGCAGUACUUCACACUACUGAUCAUCACGGACGGUGUGAUCAGCGACAUGGACGAGACGCGCGACGCCAUUGUGCAGGCCGCCAAGCUGCCCAUGUCAAUCAUCAUCAUCGGUGUGGGAAAUGCAGACUUCGCUGCCAUGGAGUUCCUGGACGGGGACAGCAGCGUUCUGCGCUCCUACACGGGGGAGGAGGCCGUCAGGGACAUCGUGCAGUUCGUCCCCUUCAGGGACUUCCGCAACGCGCCGAAAGAAACUUUAGCCAAAUCAGUAUUGGCCGAGCUGCCCCAGCAAGUCACACAGUACUUCAAACAGAGGAACCUGUCUCCUAGCAACACAGUGGCAGAGUGAAUGGAGAGUCCUGGAGUUCACAAUGCAUGUUGCCAAAAUCUACUUACUGUUUACAGAAAAAAAAAAAAAAAGAUAAAUGAAAAGUGCAUGUUUCUUUUUCUAUACAUAAUUGUUUUUAAUUAAUGUGUUUUUAUUUAUUGAUUUAAAUAUGCCACCUUAUCAAGAUGUAAUGUAAGGUCUUUUUUUUUUUUUUUUUUGUGCUUGUCAGACGCUAACCAUUCCUGAAAUGCAUAGGACGAAAGAGGACCACUGAUUGAAUGUAACUUUAUACUUGUUAUUUAAAAGAUGAUAUUAGCAGAACUUACAUGUAUCUUUUCUGUAGUGCUUUGUAAUUUGUGUUAAUUGUAUAGUACCAUGGUCAUGUUGAUGUUUUUGCUUUUUAUACUGUUUGGUCAGUCCCUUUUCUGUUCUUGUACUCAGGUCAAUAAAUUUUAGUCGAGGUGUUGCUUAGUAGUGACACGUGGCUUUAGAUGACAUCCCGCA